AUGAUCAUCAAAUUUCUUACACACACACACACACACACGCACUUCAAGCCGGUGCUGAAUAGCAGGAUCUAUCCUCACCUGUCGUUAUUAGACGAAUGAGCGCUGUUCUAUAUAUCAUUUCAUUUCAGUUCAUUUUUUAAAAGUAAUUUUUGCAGGGAAUAAGAGAGAUUAUGGCCAGACAGCUCACAACGAAUCCAGCUUUCCUACCUCCGCAAACUAACGGCGUUUUGAAGGCGCUCCUGGAAAAACCUCUGAAACUACCUUUGCACCAGGAUGAAGGCUAUGUGAAGGAGAGAGAGAAGGUGAAAAAGCUGGAUGAAGAAGGAAACACUCCUCAAUCAGCUUUCUUAGGGCCAACGCUGUGGGAUAAAACAUUGUCUUAUGAUGGAGACAGCUUUCAGCUGGAGUAUAUGGACCUUGAGGAGUUUCUCUCUGAAAAUGGCAUCCCCUCUAGUCCUGCACAACAUGACCAAAGCCUCCAUCACCAGCAGCAGCAGGCUUCAAUGCCUCAGGGCUCCAUCUCUGUCAUGGACCUCAGCAGCCGGGCGAUCACCUCCAUCCACACGGGCAUGGUUCCUCAGAACUGCCUCCAGAGCCCGGGCAGACCAGUUUUGCCUCCAUCACGUAACACACCAAGUCCAAUAGACCCAGACUCCAUUCAGAUACCAGUGAGCUACGACCCUGAUCCGGCAGACCUCGCCCUGUCCAGCGUGCCAGGCCAGGAGGUUUUCGACCCACGCAAACACAAGUUCUCCGAAGAGGAGCUGAAACCUCAGCCUAUGAUCAAGAAAGCCCGCAAAGUCUUCAUUUCUGAUGAUAUGAAGCAGGAUGAAAAAUACUGGGCACGGCGCAGGAAGAACAACAUGGCCGCCAAGAGGUCACGGGAUGCUCGGCGUCUAAAGGAGAAUCAGAUUGCCAUCCGGGCUGGUUUCCUGGAGAAAGAGAACGCGGCUCUCCGACAGGAAGUUUCCGAACUACGGAGAGAGCUGGGGCGGUGUAAAAACAUCUUAACCAAGUAUGAAGCUCAACACGGCCCUCUGUGAGAUCACCCGGGUGCUCCUCAACUUCCCUCACCCCUGCCCUUCUAAAUUCGAAGGACAAUAUUCUUGGGUUAAAAUCCGCAGGGCCGGUUUUCCAGCCAGCCCUCACCUCAGUCUGUUUUUGGCACCUUAGAAGGCAGAACCGUUUCAUUGUGUGGUUAUGUUUAGAGAUCUACCUACUCUCUUUCUCUAUUUGUUAUCACGAACGAAGCCGCCGUUGUUUGCAGAUCGUGUUACUUAUGGUUUUACUGUGUUUUAGCAUUUGUCCACAGACGUUUGCCUUGAUUUGUCAUAAUUUAGCAGUCAAAUCUGAGCUAGUGGAUCUUCUGCUGUUCCUCUACAGACACCCAGAGCGUUGUGUAUGAGAGGAGGACAUGUGCAUAGCUGCUUCAGGUGCAAAAAGGUUUUGUGUCUCCGUAAAGACAUCAUUCUCACAGACAGAACAGAAUGUAGCAAGAUUUGAGAGUCUGAAUUCAUAAAACUACUCUAUAUGACCUUACACAUUAUAUAUCUGUAUAUCCCUAUUAGAAAACAGACAAUCAGUUUGCUUAUGAAAUAAGGAUGCCAGGUAAUGAAAAUCUGUGCCACAUGGAGCUUGAUUGAAAUUGGCUGUUGCUUUAUUAUUAACCAGCAGUUUUUUUUUUUUUUUUUGUAUGUGGUUAAUGAAUUCCAUUUUAGUGUAUAUGAAAGAAAAACUUUGUUUACACUGAUUUGUAAGGUCAGUUAAAAAGUCACACGCAAACCUUUUAAAUCCUGAGAAGCUAAUUUAGUUUAGCUAGAACUAAUAAUUCCAUCAGAUUCAGCACAGAGCGCCUGCAUUAACAUGCUUUUGAGUUCAAAAUAUGAUGAAGGAAUGCAUAUUGAACAAGGUCCCUAUGCCGUUAUUGCUAACACAAAGAGGCAACCUGGUAUCUAGAAUGUGUUGGAAAAGAUAUGUUGCCUUUUGUUGGUCAGUUGUGUAAUGAAUGUAGUACAGUUUUAUUUUAUGUCUGUCACUCUUUACUACAGACCAAAUGAUAUGAAAUACAAUGAGGUUAUAUUGUCAUAUGGCAAUUAAAUGUUUUUACAAAGCUAUUCUUGUUUUUGUACAGUAUUUUCUUAUGGAUUUCUGAAUAUACCUAUGUAAUUUGAUGUAUACUGUAUAUUUGUAGGCAACAAACUUUAUGGAAAAAGUCCUAAAUUCUACAGUUAACUGUAUAUGGGCAUUAAUACAGUACAUUCAGUACCAUGAACUUUACAUUGCAAUCGUAGUUUCUUAUACAGGCACUUAAGUAUUAUGUGCAUCAGAAUAAACAUUUUUUUUAAUGGUUACAUUCUCUUUUGUUGUUAAAUUACUGUAUAUUGUCAAUACCUUUCAUGCUUUGGUUGUGAUGUACCUUCAUAAAAUAUGUUUUUUUAUUUUUUGCCGAACAUGGUAAAAGAGCGCUAUUCUUGGCCACAUAGAAUAUUGUCAAUCCUUGUAUAUUUCAACAAACAAGAUGUCUUUUAUAUUAAAUAUAUUAAAUUGCAGCAUGUUUAAAUUUUAACAUUCUUUCUUCAGAUGAUUGUCUGACUUAAAUAUUUGCAAUAUGUUGUCUGUCGUGGUCCUUUUUGGUUCCCUAUUCCUGUUUCAUUGCUCUCCAUGAAAAUAAAAAGCUUUUGAAAAGCUGA